AUAAACGAUUCUGCUUAGAAUAUUUGCAACCAUCAAUGUGAACUACAUUGAGUGUGCUAUAGCAAAGAAAGCAUUUUUCAAAUUAUCAUAACCAAUCAAGAACAAAUUGACAUUAAAAAUUGCGGUUAUCGUUUCAUUGUUCCGCUGUGAAUGCCGCUCACACUCGGAAAUUGUUUAAAAGAAUCGCAUUUUUUAUUUAAUCUUCGCUUAUCAAAGGCCAGUUGGCUGAUUUUAUUGUUUUUUUUAUUAUUGUUUGAAGAAAAAAACUUGAUUUUGGCAAAAAUGGGUAUACAAGAACUGGAAUCGUUUAUUCGAAGGAAUUCAACAGGCAUUGAUAAAGAAAUAAAUAUUUUUAAUGAAAUUGAAAUUUGGAAACGGAAUCAUCACUACGAAAAAAGUCCCACAAUCAUCGUUGAUUUGAAGAAUUUUGAAAAAUAUUUGAAAAUAAUUGAUGAAGGAAGAUUGAUUAUGGGUGGUCGAUAUGGUAUAUACAACAAAAAAAUCAACGAUUUCUUUGAAGCACUAACAUCACCACCAUGCAGCGCAAAGUUGGUAUUUUUCUGCCGACCAUAUGUUCAAGAUAUAGACCAAGACUUAAUUCAGAAAAAACAUGAUGCUCUCGAAGGAAAAAGACUGAAAUCAUGUCUUGAUGAAAUUAAAAAGGAUAGUCACUUUUCAUGGUAUCACGAUACGCGAUUUUUGUAUAAUAUGACACAAAUUUGCCAGGCCUAUGGAACUAUGUGCACUCGAAUUAAAGGAAAUUCCGUGAAAAUAAUAGAAUACGCUCAUACUAACGCACAAGAUAUUCUUGCCAUAAUUACAUGCGAUACUGAUUUCAUGUUCAUUAAAGCCAAAUACCAAUAUUGGAGUCUAAUGCAUUUGGAUCUGUUGAAGUUCAAGACAAAAUCAUAUUGCCGUGAAACGUUAUUAGAACAUAUGGGUUUAACAAAACCCGAAAGCCACAAGCUUUUAGGAAUUUCAAAAUUGGAAAAGGUUAUAGUAAAAUUUGACGAAAUUAAAAAUAGAUGGGCUGGAUAUGUCAAAAAAUUUGAUCCGAGUAGACCUUGGGAAUAUGAAAAGAUCUUGCAUGAAAUUUCCAAUCAUUUUAAUCAUGAGAAAUUUGAUGUACAUGAUUUUACGCGUAACCUGUCUUUUUAUUCCUUCGGCGCCGAUGUUGAUUUCCGCUCUAUGGAUGAAAAUUGCAAGGACUUGGCCAAAAAACUCAAUGAAAAACAACUCUAUUUCGUUUAUCGUUUGCUAGUAGAAAAACUUUCAACAAACAAAUCAUUGGCGUACAUUGAUUUGCAAAAAAAAGAUGCGGGCAAGUUCGUUGCAUUGGCGAUCAAAAUACUAUUCAGGCAGUGUGGCGUUAUACUCAAAGAUCAUGUGAAUCCCCCAAAAGAACGACAAACUAAACUAGGAAAGCGGUCAAACCUGGAAACAAUUCAUUAUCCGCCAAUGCAAUUGCCGAGUCUCGAAGAUUUGAUUGUGAAUGAAAAUGAUGCAAGAUUCAACGAUCAGCGAUGGACUCUUUUGCAAUGGUUGUUGGAUUUGGAGGAAGAGACUAUUUUACAAAUCAGAGAUGAAUUGCCUGUCAAAUGUUCCAAGCUCAUUCGAGUCGUUUUGCUCACGCUUAAAUUUUUGCAAAUGAAUGAAAUAAUAACAACUCGUGAAGCCAAUAUCAUUCUAACUACAGAAUUGGAUGUCCAGGCCAAACGUGAAUUCUAUAUUAAGAUGAUUGGGAUAGAAACGUCAGAAUCUGACUUAGAUAAAGUAAUAUAUGAGGCCAACAUGGAAAUGUCGUGGAUUCAACUGGCUCACAAAUACACGAUUUCUUUUGAAAUUGUUUGUCAUUGUCUCGAACUGUGUGGUUUUCGUAAACAAACGGACUUGAUACAAUUUGAUUCAUUUCUAUUCUUCUCGAUGAUGUCCUAUGCCAAGGAUAAUCCUAAAGUAUUAGAAAUGAUCGAUGGAUUUAUAGGGAACCUUCCAUUAUGGUGAUUUUAUGAGGGAAUAUGAAAUUCAAACAUCUCACCCGUUUUAUGCAUAAUUAUAAUAGCUACAAUAAUAAUAAUGAUCAAAAUACUAGGGGGAGACACGGGAUCUAAUAUUGCUAAUUUUUUCAUUUUUUUGUUGUGUCUUCCCCUUAAUCAAAAUAGAAAUAAGAUAUAGAGAUACGUUUUUGGACAUUUGUUCCUCGUAUAUGCUUAUCAUUCAUACAUCUCAAUGUUUCCAAUUUGUUUGAAGUAAAUAAAAUUUUCGUUGCUGCAUAAUUUGUAUGCGUAUA